AUGAAGCAGAGCUUCUCCAUGAUCCGGGUCAAAGACCAUCUAGGCCGUUCUAGGUGUCUCUACGAAUCUUCGUUGAGUCGGAGGGGUUCUCGGUUACAUGUUAUUGUAACAGGUGAGGCAUCGCUUGGAGGCACUAGUGACGGCGUAUUAUGGCAUUGUCAAGUGCCCACUGGGUUCCUCCGAGCCUACGCAUUUCUCAAAGCUAAAAUGCAUGGAUCUAUUCCUGAUCGCCUCACCUCACGACUGACAUGGGCCCUUGUGUCUCAAGUGGGCGCUCGUGCUCAUCUUGUAGGCAUUCAAGGGAUAGGGAUGGAUCGCAAAGGCAAAAUUGAGCAGGUAUAUGCGAUGAACGGAGAUUCCACAAGUGACGCGAAACAAUCCACCCCUGCGGUGUUCGUCAAUGGUGGUCGUUCUGUAGUAUUCCAUAGCAGAGAGUCUUCUUGUUUGGUCUGGAACAAAAUGAAAGACGAGGUCUGGAUCUUGGAGAUAGCCGUCGCAGGCUCUGACCAUGCAUCUCAUUCAUACAUCGUCACGGGAACCGCACAAGGCCUUUUGUCGUGGUGCAACUCCCCUCCCGAUCAGUGA